AUGUCACACAUGCUCCCGCACUUGCACAACGGCUGGCAGGUGGACCAGGCCAUCCUUUCAGAGGUUGUCAUUCAGUUUGGGCAUGACUGGGACCUCACCUGCAUGAAGAUGGAUGAGGUUCGUUACAGCAUAGCUGAGCAGGUUAAGAAUUUUGCAGUUAUUUAUCUUAGGGCUAUUACAGAAGUACCUGACUUCAACAAAAUGUAUAAGUUAUACGAUCCAUGUACUGUCAUGUUUUUCCUCAGAAACAAGCACAUCGUGAUUGACUUGGUCACCAGCAACGACAACAACAUUAACUGGGCCAUGGAGAACAAGCAGGAGAUGGUGGGCAUCAUACAGACUGUGUACCGUGGGGCCCGCAAAGACUGCACCCUGGUUGUGUCUCCCAAGGGCUACUCCGCCAAGUACAGAUACUGAGCGUACAUCAGUCUGUGGAUAAAUAUUGUGGAGCUGUUUUUUUAUGCAGAGAUAUUUCAAACUGUUGACAGCCUUUGGAAGCUUGAGGGCUGGAAGUUCUCUGGGAUACAAUUA